UACUGGGCCCGAGAUCUCGCUAGGCUUGGUGCGUCCGUGCGAUUGGCCGGGGCCCGCGCGAGCCUGUUAGCGAGGUGCGGCGGCGCCGGCGGAGGGCACCGGAGUGGGCCGUGACCGCAGCCUCUCCACGACGCCCCAGAGCCGGGCGUCGGCCUCGCACCGGUCGGGUCAGAGGAGAUCCGCGGGGAGGCGGCCGCGGCAGCCUCGGCAAGCGGUCUUUCCCUAGAAUUGUAUACCUACAACAUCCUGGAGUCCAUCAUGAAUGGACAGUUGGACCUAAGUGGGAAGCUAAUCAUCAAAGCUCAACUUGGGGAAGAUAUUCGACGAAUUCCCAUUCAUAAUGAAGAUAUUACUUAUGAUGAAUUAGUGCUAAUGAUGCAGCGAGUUUUCAGAGGAAAACUCUUGAGUAAUGAUGAAGUUACAAUAAAGUAUAAAGAUGAAGAUGGAGAUCUUAUAACAAUUUUUGAUAGUUCUGACCUUUCUUUUGCAAUUCAAUGUAGUAGAAUACUGAAACUGACAUUAUUUGUUAAUGGCCAACCAAGACCCCUUGAAUCGAGUCAAGUAAAAUAUCUUCGUCGAGAGCUGAUAGAACUGCGAAAUAAAGUGAAUCGCUUGUUGGAUAGCUUGGAACCACCUGGAGAACCUGGACCUUCCACCAGUAUUCCUGAAAAUGAUACUGUGGAUGGUAGGGAUGAAAAGCCUGCUGCUUCUGAUUCUUCUGGAAAACAGUCUACUCAGGUUAUGGCAGCAAGUAUGUCAGCUUUUGAUCCUUUAAAAAACCAAGAUGAAAUCAACAAAAAUGUCAUGUCAGCGUUUGGCUUAACAGAUGAUCAAGUUUCAGGGCCACCCAGUGCUCCUGCAGAAGACCGUUCAGGAACACCCGACAGCAUUGCUUCCUCCUCCUCUGCAGCUCACCCGCCAGGAGUUCAGCCACAGCAGCCCCCGUAUACAGGAGCUCAGACACAAGCAGGUCAGAAUGAAGGUCCGAUGUACCAGCAGUACCCGCAGCAGGCCGGCUACGGGGCCCAGCCCCCGCAGGCGCCGCCUCAGCCGCCACAGCAGUACGGGAUUCAGUAUUCAGCAGGCUAUAGUCAGCAGACUGGACCCCAACAACCUCAGCAGUUCCAGGGAUAUGGCCAGCAACCAGCUUCCCAGGCGCCGGCUCCUGCCUUUGCUGGCCAGCCUCAGCAGCUGCCUGCUCAACCAGCACAGCAGUACCAGGCGGGCAGUUACCCUCCACAGACGUACACUACCCAAACUUCUCAGCCUGCCAAUUACACUGUGGCCCCUGCCUCACAACCUGGAAUGGCUCCAAGCCAACCCGGGGCCUAUCAACCGAGACCAGGUUUUACUCCACCUCCCGGAAGUACUAUGACUCCACCUCCCAGUGGGCCUAACCCUUAUGCACGCACCCGCCCGCCCUUUGGUCAGGGCUAUACCCAACCUGGACCUGGUUAUCGAUAGAGAGGCUCAGCUACAUGGAUGACUGUAGCUGCUAGCUAUUUGCCUCCCAAAAGACUCCAAUACUACUAUUUUAAUUUGUAUUGAAGUUCAGAAAUUUAAAAAGCAGAGCAUUUUUUAUGAUAUCAUUGUUGCUGUUAAUUGAAAGUAUAAUUUGCUGGAAUACAAAAAGACCAAAAUGAAAAGUUUUUUUCUUCCCUUGCUUAAAAGUGUAGCAGCUGCCUAGUUAUUUUGGAACACUACUCUGAUGUGUGUAAAAUGAUAGACUUUCUAGCUUGCCUUGUCUGGAGGAUAUUAAAAUGCUAGGUUGAAGUUUAGCCAUCUUAACUUGGCUUUUUAUUAACAUGAUGUACUAAAAUAGACCCCUUUGAGAAGACAACUAGGUAUUAUGUAUAAAAUGUAACAUUGAUAGGUUAAUAAAGAUAAUUGAAUCCAA